AUGGGCGUGCCUCGAAGUACUGGCUGCUUACUCUGUGUGCAGCGUCGUGUGAAGUGUGAUGAGGGGCUCCCUGGAUGCGCGAAAUGUGCGAAAUACGGAAGACCCUGCCCCGGAUAUGACCGAGGCUUCAAGUUUGUCGCGGGGAAGCCGCAUCGCUCCAGACGGCGUCUGGGGUCGAAACCAGCGGUGGAUGACACGCAUCUCGUCGACAUCAGUUCAGGAACGGCCAGUCAGGCUAUGCAGCAAGCCCUAGUUCGGAGGGCUAAUUCAUUAUGGUUGAGAUCUGCAGACACAAAUGUAAUGCAGGGCCUUGAUAUCUUAAUUGGUGAUGUCUCUCAGCCAUUUCCUGCCUCCUCAACCUAUACAACCUCUCGCUGGUUUACCUUCCUUCCUUCUAUAUAUGGAAGAAACAGAACCCUGGAUUCCUCCAUCAGAUGUUUCGUUGCACAUCAUAUUGGCAUGAUGACGGGAAAUAACCAGGCUAUCAUUUAUGCCAAGUCCACAUAUGUAGAAGCUCUGAACAGGCUCCAGCGAUCUCUUUAUAACCCAAUGGAAAGUCUCUCAUCGGAGAUCCUAUGUGCCGUUCUGCUUCAAUGCUUCUAUGAGCUCUUCACCAAUGCACACGACUCCACAUCCUGGAUGAAACACGCCGACGGGUUAAGUCGACUUGUUAGGUUUAGAGGCUGUGACAGCUACCAGACCGAGUUCGAUCAUACCUUGCUCAAGGCCUCUCGUGGGUUAAUUAUCAUGCACUCUUUAUUUUCAAAGGAGAAAUGUUUUCUCACAUCUAGCGAUUGGCAAUCCGUGAUGAAGCAACAGUUCGACUCUACCCUGCCUACCUCUUUCUAUGCGCAAGUAGAGGAGCUCUUUGCUCUCUACACAACCAUACCGUGCUUCAUCCACCAGUUCUUCGAGCUCCGAGAAGCCGAUCCAGCGCACGAAACGACGCAGUUGAAGGCAUCUGAGCUUCUAAACGAGGCCCUCGAUAUGCAAACCAAAUUAACCACUUGGUAUGACAAGUUCCGCCAUACGGCGCCUCUCCCAACUGAAGUCCUCUCGUCGAUGGGCGACACCUUGUAUCCAAUAGUGUACUCAUUCACCGAUGUCGACACCGGAACCAUCUUCGCCGCGUAUUAUUCCUAUAUGGUGAUUAUUCAUGCCAUUCUGGGAGCGUGUCGUUACCCCGGUGAACAUGCGGCUAUGGUUGUGCACUACCGGGACCAGAUCUGCAUGUCGGUCGAAUUCAACGCUCAGGGGAUUCUGGGUCCCUCUCGAUUGGGAUUUCCCUUGCUUGUGGUUAAUGAGUUUGCGGACCCUCCGACGAAGCUGUGGGUUCAGGGUUGGUUACAGCGGCUUUCGAGAACUUAUAAAGUUAUGCUGCCGCAGAAUUACGAACGGUGA